AUGGGCAACAACCCCUCCUCGUCAUCUUCGCCAUCUUCGUCGUUGGUCGGCUCGCGCGAGGGCACCCCGAAGCUGGGCCGCCGGGGUACCGCGCUGACCAACCUCGGCCGCCGCAACUCGACCAACAGCAGCGCCCGGCGCGGCAGCGGUCAAGCGGCGGCCGCGACCUCGUUGGAGGCGCCGGCGGAGUUCAUCACCAACGAGCCGCCCGUUGCGUGGGCGGCCUCGUGCGAGGACUCGUCCAUCCCGCCUCCGCCGCCGCCGCGUCCCGUACGCGAGAUCCUCCGCAGCUUCGUGUCGAAGCUCGACCCCUUCACCCUCUACGCCGACCCCGUGAAGGUGGGCGAGGGUGCGUCGGGAGCCGUCUAUCGUGCGACCGACCUCCGCUCGAACACAUACGUGGCGAUCAAGCAGAUGGUGAUGGAGAACCAGGCCAUCCCCGAAGUGCUCCUCUCCGAGAUCGAGGCACUCGCCCUCCCUGCAGCCUCUCCUUUCAGGCACCCCGCUACAGCUAAUCCUGUGAUGGCGGAUGGGCAGGGGUGCGUGAACAGCGUGCAGCUGCUCGAGGCCUACAUCGUGCCCGCACCCAACCCGAGAGAAAAGGACCAGCUCUGGGUGGUGAUGGAGUACCUGAGCGGGGGCAGCCUGGGUGCGCUCCUGCGCCUCUUCGGCACGCUGCCAGAGGACAAGAUCGCCUACGUGUGCCGCGGCAUCGUCAACGGCCUGCACCACUUCCACAACAUUCAUAACAUCCUUUUGGGCUCCGAUGGGGCCAUCAAGAUCAUCGAUUUCGGGUUCUGCGCGCGGGUGGGCGAGGGCAAAUCAUGCGAGGACCAGGUGGGCACCACCUACUGGAUGGCCCCCGAGGUCAUCAAAAUCAAGGGCGCGUACGACUGCAAGGCCGACAUCUGGAGCCUGGGCAUCACCGCCGUGGAGAUGUUUGAGGGCGAACCGCCCUACGCCGACCAGACCUCCACGCGGGCGGAAUUCCUGAUCGCGGCCAAGGGGCGGCCGCCCUUCAAACAGCCCCAGAGCAUGUCACCCGAGUUCCGCGACUUCAUCGAACGCUGCACCGUGUUAGACCCCGAGAUCCGGCCGUCAGCCGCCGACCUCCUCCACCAUCCGUUUUUGCAGCGGGCGUGUGAGGCCGCGGAGCUGGUGCCCUUCAUCGAGCGAUCGGGCCAGUGGAACCUCACCGCGGCUCUGUUCAACAACCUAUUGAGUACCAGCACCCUGGUAUAUGUACAUUAA